AUGGCCGAUCUGCAUAGCCUCCCAGCCGGCUCACGCCCUCAGAAUGCUAUUCGCAACAAUGGCCCAGACCACCUUGUUUUGGAGAGGCUAAAACUGAGAGAGCUUGCGGAGGGUUGGCCAUCUUACAGAGAUGCUUGCGAAUGGGAAAAUUUCGAGUCGAUUUUUCAUCCGGGCGCAUACGUCUACACGACCUGGUCCGGCCGAGUUCCCUUCACAGACUUCAUUGCGGCGUCGAAGGCAGGAAUGGAUAAAGGGGCAUUCAUCAUGCACCGGUGCCACGGCUGCAGCACAGACAUCAACCCAGAGGGCACUCGUGCCGUCACCAAACUCAAAGCGACUAUCACGCAGCGUUUCGAUUUCGACGGAACGGAGUUUGAUGUCGAGGCAGACUGUCGCUUCUGCUUCUUCUUUGAGAAGGCGGGUGACCGUUGGGGUGCUCGGCUUGUGAGGCAUUGGUAUGAGAAGGACAAGGUGAUACCGACGAACCCGGCCAAGUUCCCCAAAAUAGACGAGGAGAAGCUAUCCAAAUAUCCUCCCGGAUACAAGUAUCUUGCUUACUUCCAAGAGCUUACAAUGGGCGUCGAGGUCUUGCUGGAUAUGCCUGGUCACCGUCGGCAUGUUGGAACUCAGAACCUUGAGAAACAUGACCUAUUGUAUUGGCAGGCGAAGGACUGGCUUGAUGGAAAGAGCAUUGAUGUUUAA